CUGCACCAAGGGCCAUGAACAGCUCGGGCGAUCGCAUGUCCGCGUCGGACUUCCGCAAGAAGAAGGAGAUCGACGAGGCGCGGAAGAAUGGGACGCUCCCGCCCGAGAAGGACGCCGACGGCAACCUCAUCAACCCUCACAACCCCGACUACAUCUCGAAGCGGCCCUGGUACCUCGGGUCGUCGGGCCCGUCGCUGACGCAUCAGAUCAACCCGAAGAAGGACCAAGUGCUCUCGAUGCAGGAGGCCGACCAGCUCAACGUCCGUGCAUUCAAGCAGACGACGACGCGCCGGAAGUUCCAGAAGGGCGCGUGCACCAACUGCGGCGCCAUGACGCACAACGCCAAGGAGUGCGUCGAGCGGCCGCGCAAGGUGGGCGCGUGGAAGACCAACAAGGACAUUGCGCCCGACGAAGUCAUCAUUGACGUGCGCUCGGGGCAGUAUGGCAAGCUCACGUUCGACGCCAAGCGCGACGCGUGGCUCGGCUACGACAACGACGAGCACCAAGCGACGAUCGCGCGCUUCGAGAAGAUGGAGGAAGCGCGCAAACAAAAGCGCAUCGAAGAGAUGAACGAAGAGUUCAAGGACGACGAUGGUCAGAAGGGCAGCAAGACGAAGACAACGUCCGACUCGGACUCGGAUUCGGACGGCGAAGGCUCCGAGGACGAGGAAUUCGUUGACAAGGAGGGCGGCCGCGUCAUUGCCAAGCGCGUCUCGCGUCAAGGCGGUGUCGGUGGUGCAGAGAUGAAGAUCACGGCCCGAAACUUGCGCAUUCGAGAAGACACGGCCAAGUACCUCCGCAACUUGAACCCAAACUCGGCCUACUACGACCCCAAGACGCGCUCGAUGCGAGACAACCCGAAUCCUGACUUGAGCGCCGAAGACGCGGCCUUUAUGGGCGACAACUUUAUUCGCCAUUCCGGCGACGCGGUCAAGCUCGCGAAGACGCAAAUGUUUGCGUGGGAAGCCACCGAGCAUGGCGUCGUUGCCGAGGGCCACUUGCACCCGCAGGCGACGCCGAGUGCAGCCGAGUUCAUGCGACAGCAGUACGAAGCCAAGAAGGCGGCGCUCGAGGCCGAGAAGCGCAAGGCCAUCAUCGACAAGUACGGCGAGCAAACCAAGGCGCCGCCAAAGGAGCUCCUCCUCGCGUCCACCGAGGCGUACGUCGAGUACUCGCGCGACGGCCGCGUCGUCAAGGGCAUCGAGAAGGCACCUGUCAAGUCCAAGUACAUGGAAGACAUCUAUGAGAACAACCAUACACAGAUCUGGGGCUCGUGGUACGACAAGGCGGCGCGUGCGUGGGGCUUUGCGUGCUGCCACUCCAAGGUGCGCAAGUCGUACUGCACGGGCGACGAGGGCAAGGCGGCUGCGAUGGCGUCGGCGAUCGCGGCGGCCGCCCAAGAGCAAGUGCCGGUCCAGGCGCGCGAGAUGCUCGUGCCGUCGACGAAGGAGUCGACCUUUGCCCUGACGGCGCGCAGUGAGCUCUACGGCGAGAACACGGCCCCGACGCUCGACGACGAGAAGCUCAAGAAGGCGAGGGCCAAGGCCAAGAAGGCCAAGAAGGCCGAGGACGACAACGACUCCAAGAAGCGCAAGUACACGUCGAUGCACCACGACGACGUGAGCGCGGAAGACAUGGAGGUCUACCGCCUCGAGAAGAACAAGCGCGAGGACCCGAUGGCCAACUUUGGAAGUGAUACGCUGUUACCAGAGUAGGGAUUAUACCAGUUGUAGUAUUGUAAUGCUAUAAGUUUACUUCAACGGGAAGAGCUCGUCGAGCAAGCGC